CUUGUGAAAAUUGCAAAAUCGUUGCACGGGCUUUUGCUUUGCGCAAUUGUUUUCAAAUUUGAUCCGCAUUCGAUUUACAAACGAUUGACAACUGGUUUAAAGACGCCAGAAGUGUUUAAGGCUUUGGAGAGUGAGCCAUGGGGGUGCAUGGUCUGUGGCAGCUGCUGGGCUCCACUGGAAAACCUGUGCCGCUCGAGUCACUUGAAGGAAAAAUACUUGCCAUUGAUGUGAGUGUAUGGCUUCACCAGCUGUCGAAGGGUAUGCGUGAUGGCGCAGGAAACCCUCUCCCACACGCCCACCUCCACGGUCUCUUCACCCGUAUCUGUAAGCUCCUGUACUACCGGAUCAAGCCUGUGUUUGUGUUUGAUGGCGGGGUUCCCAUGUUGAAGAAGCAGACACUGGCUGCACGCCGUGGGAAGCGCGAGGAGGCAGAGCAGGCGAGCAUCCAGAUGCAGCAGAAGAUUCUGACCAAUCUGAUCCGUAGUCAGGCUCUCCAGGAAGCUUGUGGCGGAGGAGACAUACCAAUCCUUCCUCCUCAAGUGAAGAAUGCCAGGGCAAAGAAGGACGCUAUGUUUGAGUUGCCUCCCCUGCCUGAGUCUUCAAAAGUAUUCCUGUCCCAGAAGAGUGCUGAUGAUGACACAUUUGCUGACAGACAGGAGCUCAGGGAGAUGGUGGAGGAUGAGUAUCAAGACCUACAAUCAAUCGACGUGGAUUCACCAGACUUCAAGGCGCUACCACUGGAGCUUCAACACGAAAUCAUCAAGGACAUACGCCUCUCCAGAAAAAACUACAACCUUUCCAAGAUCGUUGAACUGCCGGAAGACUCGAAAGAUUUCUCCUCGUACCAGCUAUCAAAGCUGGUAAAACACAACCGUCUGAACACUCGUCUAGAUGACAUACAGCGGGACCUGAACCAGCGCCAGACACGAACCCUUGCCCAUCAGUACGGAGCAACCUUCCAUGAUGACCAUGAUGUGUACUCUGCUAAGCUCGCCUCGGAUGACUCCGCCCACUACUUCCUAGCCAAGAGAAAUCUGCUGAGGAAGAAAGAAGUAAAGGAGGAGGGUAGUGUGGGGAUUAAAGCCAGUAAAGAUGAAGGACAAUCCAGUAAGGUAGCAAAAGGUUUUGUGGAUAAACUAGUAGAAUCCGAUGAUGAGUCAGAGGAUGAGAUAACAGAACUCGCUGAUGGUUGGGAAAAGUCAAAACCAAGUUUGAGUUUAAGGGCUAAAUCAACCCAAGGUUUAAAGUCUGAUACAGAACAAGGUGUUAGGCGAAGAACAGAUUCAAAUAAUAGUAAGAGUAAAGCAGGUUUAAGUGAUGACAGGCCGAGGUUCAAACCAGUAAUUGAAAUAGAGUCAGGGUCAGAUUCAGACAGUGAAAUGACUGAUUUACAAGGUAAUGAGUUUAUGAAAUAUGAUGCCUCUGUAGAUGAUGAUCGUGAUCUCCAGCAGGCAAUUGAACAAUCACUGAGAGACAAGAACACACAGGGAGAUAUUGCUGUGAUAGAUGAAUUGUCUGAUGAGAGAAUUGAGAGCAGGGCUAAAACUAAUGCAACAAAAUGUGGCAAUAGUCUGAAUGAUAUUAGUAAGCACAAAGAGAAAGCAGUUAUCAUUCUUAGAAGUGAAAAGGGAGGUGAUGAUAUUGAAACGCAAGAUAAACCAGUUCCAAAAGGAAGGAGUUUUAACAUUUCCAAACAAGAUCUAAAAGCGAACAACACUUCUGAAAGUAAAGGCAAUAGUAUUAAUCUGGACAAGAGCCCGAAAUCGGGUAUACAAAUGUCCCGAUCUUAUGCAACAAGAUCAUCAAUACUGAAGCGUAAAAUAGCAAACACAUCUGACCGAUCAGAUGGCAGUGACAAGGCGGGGAAGAGGGUGAAGAUCGUGGUCUCGUCAUCAGAUGAGGAGGUGGUGGAUAUGGAUACUGCUGGUGCUGGGAAACCUGGGACAAGGAUACGGGUGUCCGAAUCUGAGUCUGACUCUGAAGAUGAUUUUAUUGAGGUUAAGGUGGACCUGAGGCAUGCUGCUGAGGACGAACUGUUCCCAGCCAGCUUGUUUCAGUUUCAAGAAGAAACCGCGGAGAAUAAACUCCCUGAUGGCCUGUCUAAGGUUGCAUAUGAUGAGAAAGACACUACAGAAGCCAAGUCCAUGAACAAAAAUCUUGCAAAGAAACCAGACAAUGAUGAGAAACCACUCCAGAAGCUACAAAACACAGCAAGUGAAGUAAAAAACAUUGAAAACACCAAUAUGGAUACUACCACUAUACCCAACAUUGACAUUCCUAAAGCUGUUGAAAGUGAGCCUACAAUUGUUAACUCCUCAAGCGACAACUCUGAUGAAGAGAUGCUUGAUUCUAGAGGUGAGUUGAAAGCAGAUGAAGAAAAGUCUGUCAGGGAGAGAAGUGAGUUUGGAUCAUUGGUCGAGGAGGUUGAAGAACAGGUUGCUAGGGAGAGAAGCGAGUCAGAAUCGUCGGUCGAGGACGUUGAAGAACAGGUACCCGAAACAAUGGAAACACAAACUGGAGACAUCUUUGGAGAGAACAGUAACCAGUCUAGUGUGAGUGGAGCCAGUCUGCAGGACAGUGUAACCAGUCAAGAUGUGCCUGACCUUGUCAGACAGUAUGAGUGCCUCAGAGAGAACAAAGUUCGAGCUCUGCGUGAGGACCUUGUGAAGGAGGCGACACAACUUAGGCAGGACCAGGGUCGCCAGGAGAGACUUGCUGCCUCCAUCACUGACCAGAUGAAUUCUGAAGCCCAGGAGCUGCUACAGCUUUUUGGUAUUCCCUACAUUGUGAGCCCGGGGGAGGCUGAGGCCCAGUGUGCCUUCCUGGAGGUGGCAGGUCUCACUCAUGGAACCAUUACUGAUGACAGCGACAUCUGGCUUUUUGGCGGGAAAUGUGUGUUUAAGAACUUUUUCAACCAGAAGAAAUUUGUUGAGUGCUUCAAAGAUGUGAACAUCACCUCCCAACUGGGUUUGGUUCGCCACUCACUCAUCAACCUGGCCCUGCUGUGUGGCAGUGAUUAUACGGAGGGGAUCAAGGGGGUCGGGCCCGUACUGGGUUUGGAGAUCUUGGGCGAGUUUCCCGGUUGUGGGUUCGAGGGUUUGGCCAAGUUCCGUUCUUGGUGGGAGAGGGCUCAGCAAUCUCUCACUAUUCCAAAGUAUGAAUCAAAACUCAAGGCAAAACUGAGGCAACUAGAUCUAAGAUCAGAUUUCCCCAGUCCAGUGGUUGUGGAGGCAUAUUUGAAGCCGACAGUGGAUGAGUCUACAGAGAGGUUUUCAUGGUCGCUACCGAAUCCUGAUCAACUGAGAGAAUACACAGCAAGUAAGCUAGGCUGGGAUAGAAGCAAGACGGACGAAAAUCUGCUGCCAGUUUUGAAACGACUGGCCGAAAAACAGGGUCAAAGAAGUAUAAGUUCGUUCUUCCAACCUGAGGUUUACAUACAGCCGGCCAAGACAAAGAGUAAGAGAGUGCUGAGUGUAGUGGAGAAGAUAAAAAAUCCAGCACCAGUCAAGGACUCAAUUGUGGAUGAUGAUGCUAAUGGUGCAGACAAAACAGACAAAUCAAGUGCUAAGGAGAAAAAGCCAUCAACAAGAGGAACUAGAAACAAGAAAACAGAGAAUAAAAUUGAUGCCGAGAUGGACUUAAUUGUAGAUGAAGAUGAUGUUAAUGAUGUAGACAAAGCAGACAAAUCAAGUGCUAAGGAGAAAAAACCACCAGCAAGAAGAACUAGGAAGAAGAAAAUAGAGAAUAAUGUUGAUGCUGAGAAGGAUAAUGGAAACAUAGUGAAUGACGACCCUAUGACCAAAGUAAUAAGUAUAAAACAUGGAUCACUAAGACAAAAUACUAAAACUAAGGGUAGUGUAUCUCAUAUAAUAGACACUGAUAAACAGCCUACAAAUAAUCAAAGGGAAACAAGAAGUUCCAGAAGUGGGGAAAAACAAAAGGGUCAACUUGAAGGUGCUGGGAAAUUAGAACUGAAUGCUAGACAACAGAAAGGUUUUGAUAAAGCUCAAGAUGAAGUAAAGAAUGUUAAGACUCCAUCCUUUUCAGAGACAUCAGAUUCUGACAGUGAUUCUGAUUCUGAGUUUGAUUCAGACUUCUCUGAUCCUGAACUGGGUGUUGUAAAUAGUGGUGUCUCUGUUGAUGAGAUUCUUAAACUGAAGAUGGGAGAUGAUACUGGUGAUGUAGUUAUGAAAGAUCAUGGAAGUUCUAAUCUACAAAUUCGGGUGUUUGAAAAGAGAUGUCAAGUAGCUGAACUGCUUGGUUUGGAAAAAGGAUCAUUCAAAGAGAGUGACAUUGAAAUAUUAGAUAAGGAAGAAUCUGCAGUAGAAGAAAAUGGUAAAGAUAUAAGAAGUGAUAUGCAUACCGCAGAGGAUAUGCCUGAAGAAAUAAGAAGUGCUAUGCAUACCACAGAGGAAAUGCCUGAAGAAGGCAACACUAAAGUUGAUUAUUCAAUGGAGGGAGGAUUUGUUAAAGAAGAGGCUGAUUACAAAAUACAUGAUACUGUUCAUCAGGGAGAACAAUCAGAAGUUUUCUGCACACAAGAAAAACAAUGUGACACAAAAAUUAUUGACCAUGAUGCUGUAGUUGAGUAUAAAAAUGGAACAAAAUCUCUAGACAAUAAUACUGCUCUGUGUGUUCCUGAAAAAUCAACAUCUGAUAUUAAAAAUGAUAUUAAGAAGGAACCAGAUGAUGUUAAAACUGUUGAAUCAAACACAUCCACAAACUCUGAACCACAGAGGCGACAAUCUCAGAGAAAACGAUCAUCACGGAAAGAAGUCUCAAUCUACACAGAAAACCCUCUGCAGCCCAUCGUGAAGGGCGUCCCUUGGAAAGAUACAGGCAGGAGUAAACGUAGAGGUCCAACAGGGAAGGGUUCAAGUAAGAAUAAGUGUACAAAACUACCCAAGGAAAUUGUUACAAAAAAUGACCGCAAGGCCAGAGUUAAAGGUCCCAAUUUUGGCUGUGUGAAUCUCUCAGAGAGUGAUUCUGAUUAAAUUUAUACAUCUAGCUAGAUCAGUUGCCAUAUUUGUAAUAGCCAUAAUAAGGUCCACUAUUUAAUUUGGUAUAUAUCUGUGAUAUAUUUAUAUAUUUUUUGCUUUUUUGAAUGUUCUCUUUCAAUCUGUAUUGAUAUUUAUAAUUAUUUUUAAUAAUCAACUAUUAAUGCAGGUUUGCUCAGGUAUUUUAAUGUAAUACUAUUUCACAAAAAUUUGGACCCAAAAUGCGCAAUUAAAAAAAUUAAAUUAACAAGUCAUUAUUGAGUUACCGAUAUGUUUUAAUGCAGUUUUAUUCUCAUAAUAGAUCUUCAGACUCAGGUUCUCAAAGCAGUCUUUGGUUUGUUUCUUUGUUUGAAAUGUGCUAUGAUUAAUUCAUAAUUUUUGGCAUUCUUUUGCUUUUUGCUUUUUAGCAAUUCUUAUGGCCCAGGAUCCGUAUUACAGAAGCAUCUUAAGUAAAGAUGUUUUUAACAUAUUUUAACUUUUAAGUGUAAAAUUUGGAAUUCUGAUAUUUCUUCAAAAAAGUAUUCUGCAAAAUAAAUUUAUCAUUUUUAAAAGCUUAAAUGUCCAAAUAUUAAUUGCAGAAUAUACACUAAGCAUAACACUUUCUAACUGUGAAGUAAAUCAUUUCAGGAAAUUGUUGAAUUUAAGGAAAAGGUGCAAUUUAACCUUAGAUGCUUCUGUUAUAUGGCCCGUGGACCCAUUAGAAAAGGUUAAAAACACUGCUUACAAUGUACUUAUUCAAAACAUCUAGUUAGAAAUAGGUUUACUAUAUGUGUUACACAUGUGUUUUAAAUCUUGCAUGACUUGAUUAGAAUUUAGAGCAAAACACCUUUUUUUAUGUGAUUUUAAGUCUUAAAGCCUUUCUAUUUCCAGUGAUUUUUUUUGGAAAUAUUUUUACCGCCUGUGCCUUGCAAAUUGGGAAAAAAAUCCAGAUUGGAAAAAAAUACAAAAUCAGAUCAAAAUAGCAAAUAUAAUGGCAAAUACACAUGUUUUCACCUUUUUAUGCAUACUUUAUUCUGUGAAAGAGUUAAUUUUGUCAAGGUUUUGUUUAUUUAUCAAGAAAUUCAUUGCUUUUUUAUUCACUAACAUAAUGUGCAUUUAUCAAAUUGGGAAAAAAUUCUAAUUCUUUGGGAAAAAAUGGACAUUUUUUCGCGAAGGGAAACAGGCUUUAGAAGGCAGUAAAUUGCGCCAAAAAAAACACUGAUUUCAUACACGAUUUAUAGUAAAAUAACUUCCAAUGUUUCAAUUUCAUGUGAGAAAUAAGUAGAUCUACUUUAUUUUGAUGGAAUCCUGGAAUUUGAAUACAUGUAGUUAAAUUGUUAAUUCAAUCAGACGAAAGGUCAUGAUCUUGCUUUAAGGUUUUAAAUUAGUUUAAACAUAUUUAUUUUACAACGAUUGUGAAACAAAUUAUUACAACAUUAUAUUAAUCACUCUCGUUGGCACGAUUUUACGCGAGAGUGUGGUCUUGUGAUGUGGGGGAAACCGGAGAACCUGGAGGAAACCUACUUGUCCGGCUUGGUGACCACAAACCAAACUCACAUGCACCCAGGCCGGGAAUCGAACCCGGGUCGCCUAGGUGAGAAGCGAGUGCACUAACCGGACAACCAAUGUAAGGUCUUAUGGUCACAUUUCUGAAUGAUCACUGUUUCCAAAAUUGCUAUUUUUGGUUCAGUCGAUAAGAAGUAUGUAGAACUGAUAGUUUAGUGUUCAUUUGGAUUUUUUUUCUUUUUAAAUGAGUACAUAUAUAUUAAGGCGACAACAAUGUAAAUAAUACACAAAUUGAUUGACAAAAGUCCUUUCCUGAGGAAAAGUGUUCUAGAAGGUGAACUGACCUGUGAGUGAACCUUAUGUUUUUAUAGCAAAGGAAUAUAAGGACAAUUGCAUAAGGAAUAUUAGGACAUAAUUUUACUAGAUUAAUUGCUAGUUUGGUGUUUAAAACAGGAGAUAACGGUCUCAGGCCUAGAUAUUCGUCGAGGGUCGUGCUCCUCCAUAACAUACUGUCAUACUGACAUUGUCAGUCGAGUGGCACAUUUAUAUAUAUCUGCUUCUUCAGCAACUCUAUGUAUACAUAGGUCUUCUUCUCUUUCACUCGGUAUACUGCCCAUCUUCUACAUUUUUGUGUUCCGUACAUGUUUUUUUUUAGUCUGCAUGCAAACAAACAAAAAAUGUUGAUUUUUAUAAAAUCAGAUUUGAUCACAUCAUAACACCUCAUGAAGUCUUAAAAACAAUUUCAUUUAUGCAUAUUCUUAACAAUUUUUAUCAAAUGCCUGACAUUUUGGUGCUUAGAGCAUGGUGCUCAUGUAUGUUCUCUAAUGUUCUUACCUGACAGAGCCAUCUUUGUUGUGUUGAAUUUCCCUUUCCGAAUGAUUGUUGUUUUCAAUUGCUGCUAUGAGGUUUCUCAUAUGGUACACUGGUGGGAGUAGGAGAACCAGUUUGUACUGAUAGGGGUACUAGUCAUCCUUGGAAAUGAAUCUGCUUUGUUAAUGACAAACGGAACUCUUGAGGAAUCAGUUGCAAAUGUUAAAGACAAAUUGUAAAUAUUGUACUCUUCUUAGUUUAAUCACCUUUUUGACAUGCAGAAUAAGUACUAUAACAAAUAUUAAAAUAAGAAAUCCAAUAGUGGCAGCAAGGGAUGUUACUGAAA